UAUUGCCGUGAAUGGUGUAGCCCCCAAAAACGAUGACGUUUAAUUACGAAGUAUUGCUGUGUUGUCACACCAGCUGUUUUCAAGAGGAACAAAGUGGCAGCGCAGCGAACAAGACUUUUUUGCCGGAAUGUGCAGAAACUGAGAGCUAUAAAGGCUAUCGCCAGACACAAACCGAGCUCCGGAAUGAAUGGCAGUUAGGGAGAGUGACCAUUUCUUUAAUCACACAAGUGCUUACAUAAGAUUACAAGACGAUAUCGAGUGGUGGAGUGGAGUAAUUAAAAGUCAUCUUGAAUAAAGACCAUUCUGAUAACGAAGUUCUCACAGCGAUAUCUUUGGCACAGAUCUACAGUCAGUCACAGUCCGGUCCCAAAGUGUGAGCGCUGUGCUGUGCGCCAAUAAGUGGGUACAAACUUGGGUACGUGGGUACAAAGUCUGCGUGCGAGUGAGCGAGCGAGCGUCAUGAACGUGGGCACGGCCCACAGCGAGGUGAACCCCAACACGCAGGUGAUGAACAGCCGGGGAAUAUGGCUCUCCUACGUCCUGGGCAUCGGCCUGCUCCACAUCAUCCUCCUCAGCAUCCCGUUCGUCAGCGUGCCAGUCGUAUGGACACUCACCAACCUCAUACACAACAUGUGCAUGUACCUGCUUCUGCACACGGUGAAGGGGACGCCGUUCGAGACUCCGGAUCAGGGGAAGGCGCGCUUGCUAACGCACUGGGAGCAGAUGGACUACGGAGUCCAGUUCACAGCCUCGCGCAAAUUCCUCACCAUCACACCCAUCAUACUGUACAUCCUCACCAGCUUCUACACCAAGUAUGACCGGAUGCACUUUGUCAUCAACACUGUGUCGCUGCUCACGGUGCUCAUCCCCAAGCUGCCUCAGCUGCACGGCGUGCGCCUCUUCGGCAUCAACAAGUACUGAGGGGGCCAGGAUGUGUGUGUGUGUGUGUGUGUGUGUGUGUGUGUGUGUGUGUGUGUGUGUGUGUGUGUGUGUGUGUGUGUGUGUGUGUGUGUGUGUGUGCGUGUGCGUGUGUUUGUGCUCAUCCCCAAACUGCCUCAGCUACAUGGGGUACAAAUCUUUGGCAUCAACAAUCAACAAGUAUUGAAGAUGAGGAGGAGGAAGAAAGAGAUGGAGCAGAGACCUUUCAGUGUGUGUGUGUGUGUGUGUGUGUGUGUGUGUGUGUGUGUGUGUGUGUGUGUGUGUGUGUGUGUGUGUGUGUGUGUGUGUCUAGGACCCCUGGCCAGGCCCGUUACUCAAUACAGACAAUGUAAUGGGGACAGUUUCGCUGGCCAUCUGCAAAAAUAUGACAUUGACUUUUUCUUUUUUUUACUGUGUAGCCCCUUGAGGCUGGGUGUGUUUGUGAAGACUAUGUAAAGACUAUGGUACUCUUAGGUGCUGUCUCCACAUAGCUGGAUAUUUUUAUAUGUGGAUAUUUUUUUCUCCUGGUUGCAUUGGUUUUGCAUUGGUUUAGGCCUUCCGUUUCCACGUAGCAGAUAUUUAAAAUCCAGGUAUAAAAAGCAGGAGAAAACAAUAUCCUCUUUAGGGGGCUGAAACACAUUUGUUACAAUGGAGGAUUUAUUUUUAUCCACAUGUUGCGUUUACACCUAACCAGGAGAAAAAUAUACCCUGCAAAAAAUAUAUCCUGCUACGUGGAAACAGCACCUCAGUGACUAUUGAACUUUAUGAACCCCCCUCCACCCAAUAAAGCAGAGGACUGAUGCAAACCAAGGUUGAUGUUCUUAACCCUGCUUGAGG